GAUAAAAUGGCUGUAUCGUAGAGAUACAACACACAAUGGGCGCUUCUCCAUCCCAGUAGAUUCAGACAUCUCUCCAUGACGGGGGGAGGAUUUACGGAUAAAGAGGUCAACAAGAGGAUUUUUAUUACCCCUUCAUACGAAAUGGCUGGGAGGAAGUUUGACUCGCCUUUCCACCCCAUUGAUGAGGGGUGGUCAUGGUUCAUUCUCGCAGCUGCAGUAAUUGCGACAUUCCUAUGGGGAGGAGUGGUGCGAGGAUUUGGGGUACUUUUUGCGGAAUUGAAGACUGAAUUUAGGAUGUCGACCUUUCUCUUAUCGCUAGUGGUGGCUUUGCACGUUGCUCUGUUUACCGUAGGAGGUCUACUGUCCCUAACCUAUGGUGUACGUUUCCUCACCGCCAGGCAGUGUGUGUUUAUUGGUACGGUGUUGGCUGUCAUGUCUUUCAUUUUCACCAGCAUGGCCAAGGACGGACUCCUCUUAUUUUUAUCGUACAGUUUAAUCUUAGGUCUCUCGUUUUCAAUUGUGAUUGGACCAUCUACCCUUCUAGUAUCUCAGUACUUCCGAGAAAAAAGAAACUUGGCGACGUGGUGUAUUCAGCUCUCUCCCUGUGUGGGGGCUUUACUGUGUGCACCAUUACAGAGAGGUCUGAUCGACAUGUACUUCUUAAAGGGGUCCCUCCUUGUAAUAGCCGGUAUCCUUAGUCAUUUACUGCUAGUAUCUGUAUUAAUGCGACCACCGGAGUUAUACAAAAAGUGGCAAAAAUUAAAACGAAAAAUUGAAAAAAAUCGAUUGAAGGCUUCUCUUCUUGGCAAAGACGGAAUGUCUAUGGAACCUUUCAGACCGCGUUCGCCAACAUCCGAUUCUACAUUUUCUCCUUUAGCUAGACAAGCCAUGCUUCAACGAAUGAAAUCACGGAAUGACGAGGAGGAGGACAAAGUAAUGACAAAUCAAGUUGAUAAAGCUUACAAUGAAGUAAAAAACAAUGAAAAGGAGCAGAAGACAGCGGAUAAAACUGACGUCAUAGCGAAGGAUGAUUGUGUGACAAACACCAAUAAUUCAAAGUUACAAAAGGGGUCUCUUUAUGGAAGUUAUGAGUUUGGGAUUUCCACACCCUUUCUUGAACAACGAUACACAUCAAGAAAGCGAACCGACAGCGAUAGAAGUAACAAAAGUGACAAAAGUGAAUCUUCCUUUCUGUCCGAAAAUUCCACAAGUGGGAAAGUGAAAUUUAAGAAGUGCUUCAAUGGCUCUAUAGUACGAAAUUUAUCUUUUGUAUUUUUCACCAUCGGGUUUUCUUUGGGAAUAUCUAACGUGAUAAUAGUGUUAUUUCUACCAGAUGUAGGACUAAAUAAGGAAUUAAAUGACACUCAGUCCGCGAGUCUAGUCAGUUCAUACAUGAUAGGGGAAAUAAUAGGCAGGACAGCAGCCAUCUUUUUAUCAUACAAACACAUAGACGACUUCGCUAUCAUAAUUACGUCAUUAAUGAUAGCAGGGAUUUUCCAAAAUCUUCUCCGGUACUUUGUGAAUUUUUUCCCUCUUCUCCUUUUCUCGUUUGUGAUUGGUGUGUGCGGAGGUCCCAUCCAAUCGUUAUAUGCCAACGUGAUGCAGAGAUCUGUAAACUACAACGAAGUGUCCACUGGUGUCUAUGUCCUUGAUCUUGUUCAAGGUCUAUCGUGGUCUGUGACCUUGCCAAUUGCAGGAAUCCUACGAGAUUCAACAGGGAAUUAUUCGCUGUCAUUUCAUCUCUUUGGAUCCUUGGCCAUUGUUUCAGCUGUUGUGAUAGUAAUUUCGCGUAUUUGCCUAAAAUCACGUCGAAAAGAAGUCUUCCAGUCGGACCUAGAAACAGGCGAACUAGAAAGUCUCGAAAUUAUCGUCAAAUAAAAAGUUUUAAGUUUUA